UCUCGCACAUGUUAUGGUUUAGAAUGCCAGCUGACAGCAAGCAAGGCACACUACUGCACACAGCGUACCCACGCUAAACGUAAUUAAUACAUCAUCGUGACAGCUAAAUCGGAUUAAAACCUAUCAUCAGCCAGAAUUGAUAACAUUAUAGAAAUCAAGGGAAGAUCAGAUUUCGUGUGAUGUUGUCAGAUCGUGUGUCACAAGUCCAGACGGAAACAUCUCUGUAACAACAGUUCGCCGGACAUUUUUGUUUAGUGGAGGAGUGAACUCCGGAAAGCAACAAGCCUUGGACAGCUAUCACCGGGAUCCAUAUUCAGCACAUUUACUUCCUUUAUAACGAUCUUGUAUUGCAGAGCAGUAUUCACAAACAGCAGUUUCUGUAAUCUGUGUGGCAAGAUGGCCACUACACUAAUCACAGUCCCCAUCAAGGAUGCAGCACACCGCUUCAAACAGACAUGGCUCUCAGGCCACCAUUCCCCUCAACAACACAACGACUCAAGCACAGGGUCCAACGAAGCCACAGACAGCCUGGAUGACAGUCUCACAAGUCUCAACUGGCUACAGAAUCUGCGUAUCAUGCGCAUCCAGCAGCCAACCCCACCAACCAGUCCGUCUCCACUGGCGUCCGCGUGCCAACGUCUGAACACGACCAUCACUAUACAGAACCAUAAGAGCCCAAAUGGGAUGGUCAGGGUUGCAAAGACAACGCAGGAGGAGGCCAAAGCGUUUUCCCGCAUCGGUACGCACCACACCACCGCAACGAGUAUAGACCAAGUGGACUACAAGACAAAUCAGUACGUGAAGCCGCCGUAUUCUUACGCUACAUUGAUAUGGAUGGCCAUGAAAGCAUCCAAGAAGAACAAGAUCACGCUGUCUGCAAUCUAUAAAUGGAUAACAGACAAUUUCAAGUAUUAUCAGACGGCUGACCCAAGCUGGCAGAAUUCCAUCCGCCAUAAUCUCUCCUUAAACAAGUGCUUCAUGAAGGUGCCGCGAAGGAAAGACGAGCCCGGGAAGGGUGGUUUCUGGCAGAUCGACCCCGCCCAUGCAGACCUCCUGGAAAAUGGCAUCUUCAAGAAGCGCCGUACCAGCUCCUCCAGAGAUUUCAACACAGAGAACAUCAAGAGAAUCAAGAUUGAGCCGUUGGACGAUUACGAGACGUGUCCCGUCGAGAAACAACACCACAGUCGGAAACAGUCCGCACCCAAGAAGAAGUCGUACGACCUUGACGGUUCGUUUAAAUUCAGACCUCUUCAGUUGAACAGCUUUGGGGAUGCCGAUUUCUCGGAUUCCGAUGACAAUCUGCCUAGUGCUGUCCUUCGGGACGACUUCGGAUGGAACUCCAUCUUCCAAUCUGAGAUUGACAUUGACGGGAUCAAGGUUAAGACGGAGGAUAUCUUAGACGAUGAAGCUCAGCAGAACCGAUGUUUGUCACCGUGCCUUCAGAUUAGUCCCCCACCUUCAAAUGAAGGGGGUGAGCAAUUAGGCUUGCAGAAUCUAGAGGACUGCCUCGACUUGUCAAUCAGCGGGGUUCAAAUCCCGCGACCCGCGUGGUUCGAGGAUCAAUUCAGGGAACUAGACUAUACAGCGGAGGAGGCGCGCAUGCUCUUUGAUGAUAUUGACCUGCCGCCCUCGCCGGACAGUUCGAUCAAUGACCAACAAUCGCAUCCCUGGGCGGAGGCCGGCGGGCCUGUCUCGUUUGAUAUGGAAGAUCUUCUUGAUUUCAGGAGCAUUCCGGGUGAAGACAUGCCGUGGGAUCUUUCUCUUCAUCAACCUCUACCCUCGUCGUGAGGGGGUUUGUUAAGAGACUAAUUUAUAGACUAUUAGUGUCCUAUUCACAGUGCCUAAAUUAUGUUGUCCGAUAUUGAAAGUGGCAAAAAAGCAUCUGGUCAGAAUCACAUACCAGGGACCGGAGAUUGUGCCAAUUGUAGAGAAAUUAACUCUAUCACUCGAAUCUAUUCAAUCAUGAGCUUCAAUAAAAUCAUGUCUGAAGAUCCUGACCAAUCAUGUUUACACUCGGUUAAAAAUCAUGCAAGUAAGUUAAAGUACAAGAUAAAUUCUACUAUUCUACCUUCCCCUCUUAAAAAUCAAGAAAACUUAAAGUGCAAAUAUAACUUUAGAGCAAAAAGACAGCAGUCUGAAGUAUCAAUCUCCAUGUGAAUUGUUUUUUUGCUGAAAUGUUUUCUUGAAGAAUGAAUCUUUGCUUUUAUAUGGGUCGGAAUUUUAAUAGAAUUUCAACCCUGAUCAUGGACAGUGGUAUGACAUGGGAUCCAUAAGAGACAAGCAGCACACUGACUGGUGUGUACAUUACAAAGGAUUAUGAACUAGCUAACCCAAACAAUUUGCAUACAAUAUUGCUACACGAUUUUCCGUGUUCAUUCAAUUGCUGUGAAGUUGGGGCAAUGGAGCUAAAAUUCAGGCCACAUUUAGUUCUUAGAGUUGCUUAAAGGAACACGUUGCCUUGGAUCGGUCGAGUUGGUCUUUGAAAAGCGUUCUGUAGCCGUCUGUU